AUGAUCAACUUAUUGUAGUAAACAAUCAAUCUUUAGCAAACAAGCUAAGAAUUUAAUGAAAAUAAUAAAAAAACUGAAAUGGAAUGGAAUUGCCUACUCAAUUAUUUACAAUCACCCUCUCAAUCUGGGAUGAUUAAGAGUGAUAGCCCAAUCACCUUACACACCGAUAAAAAAUUUGAAAAAGAUUUAUCAGGCUAGUGGGUUUGGUACAAGAAUUAAGUAUUACCUACCCUAAAAAUUAAGCUUAUUCCUUCUUCCUACAGAUAAAUAAUAGUUGAUGAAGCAGACAUUACAAAUUUAGAUUAUUUUGUAGCAAUACAAUGCUUUGCCGUUUUUUCUAAUAAUUAGAUUCUAGAAGUUAAGCUAGAAGGCACUACUCUUGUCAAGUUUAACAAAGAAAAAGUAGCCGAUAUGCGCUCAAUACGUCUUACUGAAACAAUUAAUAGUCUUAAUUGCAGAUAUUUCCUAUUUACUCUGACUACAUUCUAAGGUCGUGAGGGAAAUGAAUAGAAAUCUUUCGAAUUAUUGGAGCAAAAAAUUCAAAGAAGCAGUCACGGAGACGAUAUAAGAUUAAGAGCUUUAAAGAAUACUCUGAUUUCAUAAUGUAUUUCCAUCCAAACAAGAAAGAAAUCCCUUCAUUAAAGAGUUUCUCUUUUGUGCUAAUUACAUCCUUUCGUUCCCAAUGAAUUCAACAGAUUACUACAAAUGCUCCAUGGAGAAAAUCCUGAAGAAAUUUUAAGCAGCGACAUUCGUGGACUUUAUUUCUAUUUUUCUAAUAAGAAGAUCCGUCACAAAAUAUUCCACCCAUUUUAUUUGGCUGCUCGCUUCAACAAAGCAAUAAGACUUUACUAUCUAGACAAUGGAAACGAUAAAGACGCAGACCUUUCUGAUGUAUUUUUGAAGGUUUAAAAAGAAGUAGAACAAGCACUUUUGUCUGAGUAAAAUGAUGAAGAAUGCUACACCAACCAAAAGAAAAAAAAUCAAAGGACUUUAGAUGCUAAGCUUAUUGUUUAAAUCUUAGGAAAGAAGAGUGCUAGUAAUGAUCAAGCUUCAUGCUAGAAAACUACUAAACCAUAAAAUUUUGAGCUCUUCAAAAGCAAGGUGUUAAAUUACUUGAUGCCACUCUAGUCAAAUGCAAUUAAAAUAAUUGACGAAGAUGAUGUCAUAACUCCUCAGUACAAAAGUAUCAACUAUGAUGAAACACUCUACGGAUUGGCAUACACUAAAAUUUUCCCUAAAAUUCUUAAUACUUUGUUUGAGUAUUAAGAAAAGAGAGCCUAAUACCCAAGCUAUUUGCACUCAGUUGGUUACAGUGCCUAAAAGGAAGAAGCUACUGACUUCAGCAAAGAAGCAAACAAAGAAAAAAAUAAAUAAAUAAUUAAGUAUAAAAGCACCUUAAUACACAAAUAUGAUGAAAAGCUAAGAAGUAAGCUAACUAAAAUAUAACUUAACAGUGAUAACUAGCAAGUUAAUAUUUUGAAAAGCCGCAGCAAUAUCUUAAUAUAAGAGUAGUCUUAGCAAUUCACUUCUUUUGGAAAUAACAAUAUGGUAAUUUAAUAGCAAGAAGCUUCAUAAUAAUCAGGUUUAACCAACGCUAUGAUGAUGAAAUUCUGUGGAAAUAUGGAAGAAACAAAUAGAAAAUCAUAUACCUCUACAGCCUCAGAAACAGUUCCUAUAAAAAAUCAGAAUAGCAACAAUGUAAAUUGCAAGCAAUAAUAAAAUAAUGUUGGUAUGAACAACAACUAAAAACUUAAUGAUGAUGCCCAAUCUCAUAUUUCAGAUUAAACUGAACGUAAUGAAGAUAAUAUAGAUUACUUCACCCCUGGAGACAAUAAAAUAAAAAUAAGAAAAAUGAAUGUAAAUAACUCCACAAAUAAAGAUAACUGUUUAAAUCAUUAAUAAAACAGUGUUAAUCUUUUUGGUCUCCCAGAUAAUAAAAAUAUCUCUGAAUUCAAAACAAUAGAUCCUAUCUUCUUCCCCUAAUAAAAUAAUUAAUCUAAACCUUUAAACCACUUAUAGGAUCUUAGCUAUGCUAACUUACUUGCCCAACCAACUGCUGAAACUUAAAACCAAACUGAUUUAGCUAACUACUAAUUAAUUUUCUAACAAAUAGCUAAUUAAAAUAGCGCUCCCAACAAUGUCUCAAGUCUAAUAAAUAUUUCUAAUUCUAAUCAAAGUCAAUAAAAUCUUAUCCAAAAUCUAUAACAGUUCACAUAGCAAAGCAUGAACUAACAAUAAUUUUUACACCAACAACAGCAAUAGCAUUAAAAUUAGGCAGUUUUGGGAGCUUAAUUGAACUAAACCUCAAACAAUAAUAACCUCUAAAGCUUACUUUUAUUUAAUAAGUUAAACUAAGUUCAAAACCCAUCCCUCAACCAAUUAAUUUAUGAUAAUAAUAUUUUACAACAAAACCAACUGAUUUCUACAAAAAACUCUGCAAACCUAACCUUUAAUAACAACUCUACUAACUUGUAAAAUCUAUAACAAUUAUUAAUAAACUAAAAUAACUUUUCUACUAUUAUCCCACAAUAAAAUAUAUUACAAAAUUAGUAAAGUUAAGAUCUAUUAAAUUUGAUUCAACUCAAUCAAUAAAAACAAUAGUAACAACUAUAAAUAUAACAAAUGAUACAACAAUAACAAUAGUAAUAGAUCUAACCUAUGAAUGAGCAGUUUAAUUAAUAAAACUAGUAUUUCAUGAAUCCAUUAAUUAACUAAAGUAAUUAACCUAUAUUUACUGAAGUAUCUCGCAAGUCUAUUCCUCUCUAGCCACAAUAGCAAAAUAUAAUUUAAAUGCCUCUAUAAUAGCAACAUCAGUUAUAAGCAAAUUAAUUUUCUAUAAGAAACAACAAUAAUAACCAAUUUGACAACUAAAUGUUAGCAGAUAUGUGUUAACAAGUCAUGAUGCCACAAUUUUAAUGA